UCCACUGCAUAAGCGCGGCUUGUGGGAACAAUCCCUUCUGUUCUGUGCAAGGUCAGUGUAGCUCUUCGUCUUAACUUAGCAAUAUUCCUAUGCCUUCCCAGUUAACUUCUUUUGAUGCCCCGAACGUUUUGUUCUACCGUCUACUUCUUCUGAUUUCAGAACAUUGUCAUUUGUAAUUCAACAACACACUGGUUGCAUUUGAUCUCAACCAGUCCCAUCUGCUACAUCAGCUUUUGUAGUAAACUCACUUUCUUAUUUUGGAAACUUUCAAAAUGGAUAUACCUACUCCAACGAUUAUGCUGCGUGGUUUAACCUCAUCGACAACGGAACGUGAUGUUCGACGUACUCUCGAUAAUGAACACGCUAAUUACACUGACGUACGUCUUGUUCGUGACAAGAAAACUGGUAGAUGGAUUGGAUUUGUUGAUUUUAUAUCAGCCAAUGAUGCGAAGCAGUUUAUGCGAGACUGUCAGGGAGAGAUCGAGGUUCGAAAGACGGUAGUCAGACUUAACUAUAGUAACCCCAAGGAAAAACGUGAUGAUGAGUUCGAUGACGCGUCACCUACCAUUAUGCUGCGUGGAAUUCCCACUUCCCUUGAUCAUCGUGAUAUUCGUGACGCUCUUGAUGAUGCGCGCGUGAGCUACCUAGAUGUUCGUGUAAUCAAGGAUAAAACAACGGGUAUAUCGAAGGGCUUCGGUUUUGUGGAUUUCGCUUCUGUCCAUGAAGCAAGACGUUGGAUGGACUAUCAAAAAGGUGUUUUCCGUGUGCGACGUCAUGAAAUACGGCUGAUGUACAGCACUCCCCGAAACCAGCUUGAUUCAUUGGUUCAUCAUUCUGCAGAUGCUCCUGGAUUACUUGGUCCGUCAAGCUUUAUGACUCGUCCUCCUGCGUUGUCAGAAGUUUCCACCGGAGACUGGAUCUGUUCAAGGUGUUCUAGUCACAACUUCAGAAGGCGAGAUCAAUGCUAUAAAUGUCAGCUGCCGAGGUCUCAAGUACAAUCUCUCACAAACUCGGUUGAUGGUGUUGAUCUCAUCGGUACAACUCCAUGCAAUACUCUUGUUUUGAGAUGCUUGGAUGCAUUAACUACAGAAGAUGACAUCUGUCAAGUUUUCCAAGAUACAGCGGACGUAAAGGUGCGACAGUGUCACGUGAUGCGUGAUGAAGUAACACAUGCUUCCAGAUGCUUUGCUUUUGCGGAGCUUCCUACGGUCGCCGACGCCUAUAAAGUCAUGGAUAUAGUAAACAAAGAGUUCAAACUUUUUGAGGUUGGAGGAAAAGCAGUAACAGUCUCGUAUGCAAAGAACACUUUCAAUACCAUUAUGGCAACAUUAAAAACGGAAGGAUCAUAUAACGCCCAGUUAAACAGUAGUCGAAACUUGGCUUUGGAUUUAGCGCAUGCAGCAAUGGCUGCACAAAAUAAUAACAUAUCGCCUGAUACUGUUGCAAUGAAUGCAGUGGCUGCAUCAGCAUUACUUAGUCAAACUUCAAACAAUGGGGCUGCUGUUGCCCAGGCAGCGAUACAACAAAAACAAACUGAACAACAUGUUUUGUCAGCCCUUACGAAAUCUUUACGUAAUCAUUCAGAACAUUCUGUAUCAUCUAACUAUGCACCAUCUAUGGCAGCACUCGCGGCAUCUGGUCAGCAGCUCCCGCCUCCGUCAUUCCCAUUCAACGCUGCAACGGCAUCCACAACUGCAUAUCCGUUUCCGGAUACAUCUAAGUACAUAUACGACGAAGCUACUCGCUUUUAUUAUGAUCCUGUUACCGGUCUAAUGUAUGAGCCGAAUUCAAAAUACUUCUAUGACCGCGGAAGUCAACAGUACUAUUACUGGGAUCAGACGAAGAGUACAUAUCUUCCUGUCCCACAAACGAACCAACAAUCGAAUUCCGUCGAUAAUGCCGCUUCUAACUCUCAAACCGAUAAUUCCGAUGCUCCUAAAAACAAAGACGAUCGUGGUAAAACCGCUCAGCAAAUAGCACGAGAAAUGGAGAAGUGGGCUAAGAAGAUGAAUGCGCAGAAAAAAGCGUCAUCUAGUGCCGGACAACGCUCUGAUGUGGCAACAUCUGAGGCAAGUAGAACAGCAGACACAGGGUAUGCAAUCUUGGAGGCGUCUGCUAACAAUCCACUUACAAACGACUCGUGUACACCUGAAUCUGCUAGUUUAGUUGCAGAAUAUGGCGGUGUUGAAGAUAGUGACGACUCUGGCCAGGAUGAGACACAUAGCGAAAAGCAAGAUUCAUUGCUGUCAUUCAAUACUGAAGCUGAAAAAAAGGUUGCUGAAGAAGAGAGCAAGCUAUUGGAUUGGGCGAAGCUUGCUUGUAUGUUGUGCUCUCGCGGUUUCAAAGAUGCAGCAACUCUUCAAAAACAUAGAGCAUUUUCGGGUCUACAUUAUGAAAAUUUAAAUAAAUUACGCGGAAAAUAUGGCUUGUCAGCUAUUCCCGUUCCGACCCCUGUUCAAAAUCAAGAAGCUUCAUCUGCUGUUGACUCGCCUAAAAAUUCCCUUUCAAUAGCAUCAUUAAUGCAGAUUGGUGCCCAAACAGCCAGUAAUCAUGCAAAGUCAGUAGCAUCUAGACAAGUUAGUAGUCGACCGACCGUAUCAAGUCAAUAUCGUGAUCGAGCCAAAGAGCGUCGUGAAAAGUAUGGAAUACCGUCACCACCAAGAAUGAAGUCUGUUGAAAGUCAGCCGUCUGUUGUCCAGAUAGAUCAAGACUCAUUCGUCCCUCCAUUCCCAUCCAUCCCACCUCAACCUCAAACAGCUCCCAAUGUAGGUAGUCGACUUAUGGAAAAAAUGGGCUGGCAAGCUGGUCAAGGUCUAGGUCGAAGUAAUCAAGGACGAACUCAAAUAGUUGAAGCCGAAUUUAGAGAAGCUGGUGUUGGUCUUGGAAUCAAAACGUCCAAAAGAGGACCUCAAUCAGACAAUUAUAAAGAUAACGUUAAGCGAGCAAUGUUCGCUAGAUUUCACGAAUUAGAAUAACUGCUUGGAGAUUGUGUUUUUGUACAUAAUCGUUAUUUUCAAGUUACUUUUUAACUUGGUCUUUUAGCAUUUCUGUAAAUUUUAUCGCUUUUGUUCAGCUCCCUAGGUUUAUUGAUUAAUCCUAAUCUACAACAUACUAAUCUCGGCAAAACUAACUGACUAGAAUAUAAAUCUUGUAUAAACUCCAGCUUUUUGUUUAAUAUAUUACAAAACUUAACCAAUUAUUAUUUAAUGGUUACAUAAUUGCAAGAUCCGGUGUAGUAAACCAUCACAAUUCAGUUUUCGAUGAUUCGGUAACCGUAGGUUUAGAUAUUUCUCCUGUGCAUGGUGUUUCAUAGAAUUAAUAUUUGAGUCUUUUUUACAACAGCUCAGAGGAAUACAACCGAGUACGUGAAUUCAAAAUAAACUAGUAAUUUUCUUUCUAAGGAUUUAUAACACAUUAGUUAAUCUUUACAUCAUUUUCUUCUUUCUUCAACUGUGUUAAACAGCUUCAUGUUACCGUGUUAAUUAAGCUCAAGCUAGUUAUUUGAUGUCAUUGACUACUGUUUAUA